AUGAGUCCACCUUCAACUCUACCCUUGCCGCUCGUCUCUUCCCCCAAUCCACCCGAUUCAAAAGCAACGUGGGAGACCACUCCCCUUCUCCCGCCCGUCGAAGACCCCGAACCGUCCUCGGAACUAACUGGAUACAUCCUCAUGGCAUUAUCCACCCUGGGCUACUCAGGCAUGUCCUUCUUCACCCAUGUCGGUGAGAGCAAGUACGGAUUCUCUCCAGUUUCCAGCAUUUUCAUUCGCUCAGUGUUACACACCUUUCUCACUGUCCUCUACUUGCUCUGUCUCGUUGACAUUCCCCAAAUGUUUGCUCGGUUCACACGUCGCCAACUCUUCCUAUUGCUUGCCCGAGGCGUCAUCGGCACAAUCGGCAUGCUCUGUGUCUAUAUCAGUCUUUCAAAGCUUCCCGUCGGCGACGCAAUAAGUAUCUUCUUUUGCUACCCCGUUAUCACUAUGCUUCUGUCCGGCGUUUUCCUUGGCGAAACCAUCACUCGUAUGGAUGGUCUUACCGCCCUUAUCAGCUUCACGGGUAUUAUUCUCAUAGCACGCCCGGGCUUCAAUGACCCUGAAAGCCUCAUCUCUCACACCGACCGUUUUAUCGGCUCUUUCACCGCUGUUGCCGGCGCCUUUUCUGCUUCCAUCGCAUACGUCAUCGUUCGUGGACUCGGAAAGAGUAUCCACUACGUAACCUCUGUUUUGUCUCUCUCAUCACUUUGUCUCCUCGCUUCCGUCCUACUGGGAGGGAGUAUCGGACCUGCGGGGAUGCAAGAGAAUAAAAAGGGCGUAAUGUGCAUCACCCUUGCUGCGUUUUUCGCUUUUGCUGGGCAGAUGUGCUUGAACAAAGGUCUGCAACAUUGUAGAGCAGGGCGUGGUGCUCUCAUUCGAAAUGUCGACGUCCCCGUCCUGUACAUCCUCGGACUACUAUUUCUUGGAGAGAAGAUCACAUGGUUCAGCCUGCUUGGUACUUGCUGCGUCCUCACUGCCACCGCCGUUAUUGGUCUCAGGGCGAUUCGCGCUGCCCGUUAG